GCAGGAUGAUGAGCUCGAAGUGGAUUCCGAUGAGGAGGGCAAGGCUCAAACCUCGACGGUAAAGAUCCUCACCAAGCAUGCGCGAAAUCAGGGCUUCCUCGAGGAGGCUCCAGCCGAGGCCGACAGUCUCGACAAGUACAUGUCCGAUUUGACGAAGAAAGCCCCGGGGGAGAAGGAGUCAGAAGAUGCUGGUAUGGGGGUGAUGGAUUCCUCCAGGGUGAAGUCCAUUACACUGGAAGAGAUUGAGGCGCUCAUGAGGCCCAGCUCCGAGGAGAAGCCAGAGACAGAGCAAGAAGGAGGGAGUAGCAGUUCUGCCGCUCCUGGACCUGCUGUCGCUGCUGCUUCUCCUGCCGAGAGCCCCCCAGCUGCUGAUGAUGAUGAUGAGGACUUCCACGCAGCCUUCAUCGCCGAGAUGCGAAAGUUGCGUGGUGAGGAUGGUGAUGCCUUCGCCAAGGACUUCGAAGCCUCCAAAAAGUGGCUCAGCGAACGCCCUGGCUUUGUUUUCAAACGCGGGAAGAAAGGGCUGGGCUACUACCGCGAUGUGGGCCCCUUCGGCUUGAUGAAGGAGAAGCCCGGUUCGUCCGGAGACACACGCAAAUCCGAUUUGCCCGACUUCCGCAGAGUCAAGAAGGCCAAGCGGUCGCUGGAAGACCCAGCGGGUGAAGAGGAAGGUGAGGAUGCGGAUGACGAGGAAGAGCAGGAAGCAGCAGAGGAGGAGAAUGACGCCGUCGCUGAGAACGAUACUAUUCCUUCCCUCCCGCCGGAGGUCGAGAAAGAAGUGGAAACCAAGAAGGAGAAGCGGAGGAAGCGACGGGAGGCCAAAGAGGCGGAAGCCAAGGCCAAGGCGGACGCUGCCAAGAAGCGUGCGCGGGACGGCUUCGGCGAGGGCGACGGCGAUUGGAUGGAGAGCGACCCCGACAGGAGUGAGCAAUCCAGUGAAGAGCAAAUGGAGUCCUACUUCGACCUGGUGAAGCGCUUCACCACCAAGAAGACCCUUCCUGCAGUCAAUCAUGACUUGAUCGACUACAAGUCUUUCCGCAAAAACCUGUAUGUGCAGGUGAAAGAGAUCACCAACAUGAAGGACCAUGAAGUGGAGGACCUCCGGCGGACCCAUGGAGAUAUCACCGUGCGGGGCAAGCGAUGCCCUCAUCCGGUGAAGAGUUUCCUACAGUGUGGGCUCCCGGAGAAGAUCCUGAAAAUCAUGGAGAAGCGAGAGUACGAGACUCCCUUUCCCAUUCAGAUGCAGGCCAUGCCGGCGUUGAUGUGCGGCCGAGACGUCAUCGGUGUUGCCCAGACGGGAUCGGGGAAGACGAUCGCCUACCUGCUGCCCCUGAUCAGGCACAUCAUGGACCAACCGCCCCUCGCCAACGGCGACGGGCCCGUCGGCUUCGUGGUGGCGCCCACACGUGAGCUAGCGCUGCAGAUCCAGCGAGAGGCCAACACCUUUUGCAAGGCGGUGAACCUCACGAGCGUUUGCGCCUAUGGCGGUGGGCCCAUGGGUGAACAGCUCUCGGCGCUGAAGAAAGGAGCUGAGCUCUUGGUUGGCACUCCAGGAAGGCUCAUUGAUGUGCUGACCACCUCGGGUGGGAAGAUCACCAACCUCCGGCGGGUGACCUUCUUGGUCCUUGACGAGGCGGAUCGGAUGUUUGACAUGGGCUUCGAGCCGCAGAUCGGGAUGUUCUUGCAGAGCACCCGACCGGACAAACAGGUGGCGAUGUUCAGUGCCACGCUGCCGGCCCAUGUGGAAGCAUUAGCCCGCAAGGUCUUGAAGAAGCCGUUGGAGAUCUCCGUGGGCGAGCGCAACGCAGUGGCCACGAACGUCACUCAGUUCGUAGAGGUCUUGGAUGAGAGCCAGAAGUUCUAUCGGCUUUUGCAACUCCUUGGAGAAUGGCAUGAGCAUGGUGCCAUCAUCAUUUUCGUGCACCAGCAGAAGGACGUGGAUGAGAUGUUCACAGAGCUUUUGAAGUAUGGCUACCCUCCACUGGCACUCCAUGGCGGUCAGGACCAACAGGACCGAGACUUUACGUUGCAAGACUUCAAGGACGGAAUUUCCAACAUCUUGAUCUCCACCUCUGUGGCCGCCCGAGGCAUUGACGUGAAAAACGUGAUCUUGGUCGUGAACUUCAAGGUUCCAGACCACUUGGAGGACUACAUCCACCGGGUGGGCCGCACUGGACGCGCUGGAAAGGCUGGCUUUGCCUACACCUUCAUCCAGCCCGAUGAAGCAGACAAGGCUCAGGACAUGGUGGAUGCCCUGCGGCAAUGCAACCAAGAGGUCCCGGGCAAGCUGAAAGCACUCGCUGAGGAGCACCAGACGGCGGUGAACACUGGUCAAGCUCGGAAGCGGAAGCGCUGGGGCGGCUUCGGUGGCAAGAGUUUUUCCUAUGAGAACAGCGAGAAGAGCAGGCAGCAGCAAGAGCGCCAACAAGCCAAGAGCGAUUUGCUCAUUGGAGACUUUGAGGAAGAGGAUGACUUCAAGGAUCCCUGGCUCGAGCCUGACAAGCCCAAGAAGGGUAAGGGCAAAGGGAAACGCCGUGAAGAGGAGGCCGAGCAGUCCAAGUCGGCGGACCCCGCGGACACCGUGGCGCAGGCUGCCAAGGUGGCGGCCAAGAUGCAGGCGGCCAACGGCAUCGAGGUGCCAACCAACGGCAGCGCAGGUCUGCAGCCACCACCGCCUGCCGCACCGAAAGCCAAGGAGCAGCGCUUGGUGAUCCUCGCUGCGCAGAAUUUGUCGCAGUCUUUCGCCCGGAAAAGCGACAAGGAGCUCCAGGAACAAGCUCGGCAAAUGGCGGAAGACACCCUGAAAAGUUUGCCCGAGGAGGCCCGAGAGAAGCAGCUCCCUGCCCUGACGGAGAAGCUCGUCGCGAAGCUGCGAAAGGUCGAGCAGGAGAAGGUUGUCGAGGCGGCUGCAUUGGCAAAAGUGCCAGCACCACCACCUGUGGAAGAGAUCAAAGAAGCCAAAGAGCCGGAGCCAAGCCCUGUGAUGAAGGCGAUCCCACUGGUUCCUGGUGUGCUUGGACAAGGAUUGGUUCCUGCCAAAGCCACGAUGGUCACCAAGGCAAUCGAAUCCCUUCAAUCCCACGCUGCCACACCCGGUGCAGGGACGUCCCACCUGGCUGAAGAGAAGGCUGCGAAGAUGCUCGGGCAGAACAAGGACAUCCCCGCAGGGAUGCACAGCGAUGAGCUGGAGAUCAACGACUAUCCGCAGAUCGCCCGGCAGAAGAUCACCCAUCGGGAACCACUGGUGGCCAUCGAAGAGAUGACCGGGGCCAAGGUGCAGGUGAAGGGUCAGCACUUUGCAUCCACAGCUCGUAUGCCCGAAGGCGCCAAAAAGCUGUAUGUGGAGAUUCUGGGCCCCACGCAGGUGGCCGUGGCCAAGGCCAAGCACGAGGUCUUCAAAAUGAUGGAGGCGCUGGCCAUCCGAACCCUCAACAUCCCUGGGCUCACACGCGCGGUCACCGGGACGCCUGGAAGGUACGAUCCAGCUACCGGCAAGUGAGAUGGGAUAAUUCUGGAAACCUGUUUUCGCUCCAUGCGCUGUGUUGCUGACCAGCUCCCUCCCAAAUCCA